CGGUGGUGGGGGGCGAGAGGAUGAAAAUUGUCGCCCCUUUCGUUGACACCAUGUGUGAAAAUUUUAAAAUCCAUUCAGUCAACGAGCUUCAUUAGAGAAAGCUGCGAAUUGAAGAAUUGUUAAUGUAAAAGUUUUUUGGCGCGGCGGCGGCGGAUUAAUUUUCGAUUGUGCGCGGGAAUGUUGAACAAUUUUAUGGAUGUGACAAUGUGCGAAUAGUCAAAAUCGACGAUUAAUUCAUUGGAAUCCGCUCCGUUGGACGAAAGGAAGAAAAAAUGUUAUAAGUGGAGAAAGGUGAGCCAGUGAGGAUGCACCAUUCGGAUUACAUGCAAGUGUCGUCCAGAGAUCUUCAGGGCGCCGCCGCCGGCAGCGAGCAUCCCGUCGCAUCCUUGCCGACGGACUGCUGCUACGCGACCGACGGAUGGAGCUAUACGGGAAUGAAGCAGAUUCCCAGCGUCUCGCCGAUGAAACAAAUUGAGGCGUGUCUGCAGAGCGCGUCGAAGGCGCGAAAGGCCUACUCGCCGCUUAGCCACGCCGAUUCGCUCUCGUUGGAUUCGGAAACCGACGCCGAGAAUAACAAUCGAACCGGAACCGGAAGCAAAUCGCGCACGAGCUUAUCCGCGGCGCUGAGCACGGCGGGGGCCAUUCUCGAGAUGAAGCCGCUCUGGGACGAGUUCCACUCGCUGGGGACCGAGAUGAUAGUCACCAAGGCUGGGAGGCGAAUGUUUCCGACCUUCCAGGUGCGAAUCUGCGGCCUGGAGAGGCACGCCCAGUACAUGCUGAUGAUGGACUUCAUUCCGCUCGACGACAAGAGGUACCGCUACGCCUUCCAUAGCUCAAGCUGGGUCGUAGCGGGGAAAGCCGAUCCUGUCUCGCCACCCCGCAUCCACGUUCACCCCGACAGUCCGGCGACCGGCGAACAGUGGAUGAAGCAGGUCGUCUCCUUCGACAAGCUUAAGCUCACCAACAACCAGCUCGACGACAACGGACACAUCAUCCUCAACUCGAUGCACCGCUACCAGCCGCGCUUCCACAUCGUCUACCUACCACCCCAAACUCAAGAGGAAGUCGGCCACCACUACAAAACCUUCGUCUUCUCCGAGACGUCGUUCACCGCCGUCACCGCCUACCAAAACCACAGGAUCACCCAGCUCAAGAUCGCCAGCAACCCCUUCGCGAAAGGCUUCCGAGACUGCGACCCGGAUGAGAGCGGUCCAGAUGUGAGUCCACAAAGCACGCAGGGCAACAAACAGAAAGCGACGCGGACGACGCCCACGAACUUUUCCAAAGAUGACGAUCUCAUCCCUCAGCAGCAUCCGGAUCACGUCAGGUACGCUCACCAGAGCGCCGCGACGCCCCUCAUACCGUUCGCCGCCGGACUGAGCCCCAUCGGUCAGCCCUACUCGGCCGAACUGUGCAAUUACGGUCCGGUCUACCACCCGCACAACAUCCUGCACGGCUACAACACGGUCUACAGUAGCGACAAGGGCGUGAGGGGCGGAAACUUCGGCAGGCACGUCUACGGGAAUUACGCGUCGUUUUACGGCGGCGGGCCGAACCUGAGGGCGCCGACCGUUCAUCAGACCAAUUACGAUUUUACGCCGAGGUGAUCGUGUUACGUAUUUUAAAUUUCGCGCCGCCAAAGAAACGAAACCAAUUGUCAUUUUUGUAGGGUUAAGUGUACAAUUUUAAUGGCUGUUAUAUGUAUAAUUAAAUCUAUUUUAUUAUCGCAA